AGAGAUUUUUAUUGGAAGCUGUUAAAGUGGUUGCUAUGAGACCUUCUCCAGCUACCGCAGGAACAGCCGUGAGCGUGAGGCUGAUAAAUCAUACCUCUUGUAUCAUACCUUUCUUUUUUUUUAUUUAUGCUGCUUUUAUAGUUGUUUAAGAUCAGAGCAAGCACUUGUCAGUUGCUUUUUCUUCCUUCUCACUCUCCUCUGGUCUCUUGUGCAAGAUGGAGCUAGAAAAUGAAAUGAUCAGCUCCUCCAGCAAUUCUUCAGCAGGCUCCCGGGAGUACAAGGUGGUGAUGCUGGGAGCUGGGGGAGUUGGCAAAAGCGCAAUGACAAUGCAGUUCAUAAGCCAUCGGUUCCCUGAUUACCAUGAUCCAACCAUAGAGGAUGCUUAUAAAACUCAAGUACGAAUAGAUGACGAACCGGCUUACUUGGACAUUCUAGACACUGCUGGACAGGCAGAAUUCACAGCCAUGAGGGACCAAUACAUGCGAGGUGGAGAGGGUUUCAUUAUCUGCUAUUCCAUCACAGACCGCCAAUCCUUUCAGGAAGCUGCAGAGUUUAAGGAGCUCAUUUAUCGUGUCCGGCACACUUAUGACAUCCCAUUGGUGCUGGUGGGAAACAAAAUAGAUCUUGAGGAGUUCAGGCAGGUCUCGACUGAAGAAGGUAUGAGCUUGGCAAGAGAGUAUUCUUGCUCCUUCUUUGAGACCUCAGCUGCCCUGCGCGUCUACAUUGAUGACGUCUUUCAUGGACUGGUGCGAGAAAUCCGCAGAAAAGAGUCCUCGCUGCCUCUGACAGAGAAGAAGAUGAAGAGGAAGGACAGUCUGUGGCAGAUGCUGAAAGGAUCUUUGAAGAAGAAAAGGGAAAGCACAACCUGAUGGCACUUUCCAGUGAGCCACCUUUAGGGAGCUGAUCACAGUCAUCUGUAGCAAUUCCUAAGGCAGCAUUUACACAGCAUUGUCAGGGCCCAGUUCUGGAGUCCCUUCUCUGCUUUCAUUCAGUCCUUAUACAGGAAUAACUUACAUGAGGCCCAAUCUAUGGUUGCCCGGUAGCCCCUUUAUGCCAAAAUAGCCAAUGCAAAAGGAGCCACAUAAUAGUCAGUUACCCUCCCCCCUCACUUUUGGCACAGUAGGCCCUUUUGUGUAAGAUACAGAGGCAGCAGAGUGAACAUUGUACCUUUCCCUGCAUCAUCCCCCAGCAAGGGGUGUUCAAGGUCAUCAAGGAUAGGAAAGAGUAUUUUAGGCAUGGAGCAAUUCUCCAAAAAGGGCCAUGUUUGGCAAUUUAAUGUACCCACCAUACAAACAUUCAAGUCAUAUAUCAUUUGAAAGCUUAUUUUAUGUAUGUUUGGAUGAAUUAUGAUGUGGAGCUGUCACAUGGUGUCAUAAGCUGAUAGGUAUGGUGAAAUAAUGGUACCCCAAAUGAAAAAGUGUCAUGUUGUGCAUAGUUUCUGAAACAUUGCAACAUGAUUAUAACUACAUUUUUACUUGUUAUGAUAAUUUCAGCACCUUAAUGUGGGGUUCCUUGCUCAAAGCUACCAAACAAUAAUCUAUUAACAUAUUUUAUUGGUUUUCCAUGGACAAGUAUUUUUUUUAGAACUGAUUAAGCUGUUCAGCAUGUGGCAAAAAUGCCGAAUAUCAACAUUGUGCAAUAAACUAACAUCAAAUGUUUUCACAUCACAGAUUCUUAAUUGUCAAAGUAUCUCAGAAGUGAUUAUAAGAGUUGUCAAUAUUUUCAGUUGAAAUAUGCGAUGUGAUCAAUCUCACACAGAAGGUUUUGCACCAGUAGCAGUAGAUUGCAUGCCCAUAAUUUGUCCUGCCAAGUGGAUAGAUAGAAAUGUAUGUAAAUUCCUAACAUAAUGCUUCUCCAUCUGUAAGCUUUUGUACAUACAAAGUAGCAUCUAGUCUGCCUGGUAGAAGGUUUUAAUUUUAAUUGUCUAUGUGUGCAGUACUAUCCUUUGAAAUAUUCCAGAAACUAGCUUUUUUGUUCAAUGACACUUAAGCACAGGCUAGCAUUAGUGUUACAUUAGUCUGUAAUCAAGCGACCAGAGAGAUUGAAGUGUUCUCUGACUGGUUUUUGAAUGCUAUAAUUCUUGACAUCUGAUUUGUGUCCAUUUAUUCUUUUAC